AUGGCCCUUCCACAUCAUCAGCGCACUCCGUCGUGUCAUCAUUCACGCACGACAUCACUCUAUAAGUACCAUCCCAUCUCUACCCUUCAACACCCCCUUCACCCUCCUUCUUCUUCUUCUUCUUCAAUUUCAUCGCCAUUAACUCUACACACUCACAUUUUUUCACAAAAAAUUCUCAUGGGUCACUCCGAUUUCGUUCUUAAAUUUCUCAUGUUCUUCGUUCUCAAAGGUGUUUUCGGGGCUACCUUUACAUUUUCAAACAAGUGUGACUACACAGUAUGGCCAGGGAUACUAGGCACCCCAGCUCUCGACACCACCGGAUUCGAGCUCCCGGAGGGUAAAUCACGUUCACUACAAGCUCCGGCAGGGUGGUCCGGCAGGUUCUGGGGGAGAACCCGCUGCAACUUCGACGGAUUGGGUCAAGGAUCAUGCGUUACAGGAGACUGUGGUUCGGGACAAAUGGAAUGCAACGGAGCCGGAGCAACCCCACCCGCCACCCUUGCGGAGUUCACUCUCGGGUCCGGUACACAGGACUUCUACGACGUCAGCCUUGUUGAUGGGUACAAUCUGCAGAUGAUCGUGGAGGCGAGUGGUGGGUCCGGUGACUGUGGGACAACCGGCUGCGUCGAUGACUUGAACCGGCGGUGUCCAAGCGAGUUGAAGGUGGCAGAUGGUGGAGGGUGUAAGAGCGCUUGCGACACGUUUGGGACGCCGGAAUUUUGUUGCAAAGAUGCCUUUGACUCGCCGGCAGCUUGUCGGCCGACUGCGUACUCAGAGGUAUUCAAAUUAGCUUGCCCGAAGUCGUAUAGCUAUGCGUAUGAUGAUGCUACGAGUACUUUUACGUGUAUGGAUGCUACUGACUACACAAUCAUAUUUUGUCCUUCUAUGCGAAGUAUUGGAAGCAUAAAAUCGAAAGCAGGCAAUGUGAGUCAGGAUUCAUUGGAGGCAUUGUUGGAUUUGUAUGCGCAUCUUGCUUCCGGGGAUUCAUCUUCCAUUAGAUGCCCUAAUUAUUUAUUAAAUUUUGUUAUAUUGACUCUUUAUGUAAUAUUAUUUCUUGUGCAAAUAUUGUUUUCCAUCUUGUAACUAAUUUUUUUAU